AUGACGGACAAAUCAGAUACGAUGAGCAAGCCACAGAUCCCCGACCACGUUGAGGAUGUAGAUGUUGAGUCGAAUCAUGAAGAGAUCGAAAUCACAAAAUCUAAACUCAAUGUGAGCGGAACGGUCCAACUCACCGCAGGCAAGACUGUUUAUAUUCCAACGCCAACUUCUGACCCUCAAGACCCGUUGAACAUGAGCCAAUGGCAGAAAGGAAUGGUAAUCGUAAUCAUCUCCCUUUUCUCUACAAUCGGCCUGUCCCUUGUGUCAGGCUUCGGCGGCCUCCUUGGCUUUUAUAUCCCCGACUACAGCGCAGUGGGAAAGACUUAUGCAGACAUCAGCAGUCUCUUGACUUAUCCCACUCUCACAAUGGGAUUGGGAAACCUCAUUGGAAUGCCAUUGGCAAUUGCGGUCGGCCGACGCUCCGUGUUGCUUGCUGCCUCGGUGAUCAUGCUUGUUAGUGCCUGCAUGUGCGCCGUUGCCGACAACUUCGACUUCCAUCGCGGGGCUCGGAUGCUUCUAGGCAUUGCCGCUGGGCAAAGUGAGGCGCUUGUUCCCAUGAUAACACAAGAGAUAUGCUUCCUUCACGAACGGGCCAAUUUUCUUAUGAUCCAACAAGCCGUCCAAACGAUUGCUACAGCGGUACUAGUUCUCUUUGCAAGCCCGAUCGCUGGUGCGAUUACACCUAGGUGGUGGUAUGGCCUUGGGGCAUGUCUUUCCGGAUUGGUGUUAAUAUUGGGCAUUUUAUUCGUCCCAGAGACGAAGUACUACCGUCCAGCAUCUUCCUACCAGGAGUCCUCUGGACUAGGAGAAGACGAAGAUAACAAAAACUCAGAAGUAAGUGACGGGAAGUACUUUGAUAUCCGCACUGAAAGACCGGAUAUCGAUACUUUGGCUUUUGAGCCUCGAACUUGGCGAUCCAACCUACGCCUCUGGGUCGGGAAGCCCGAGUGGCGUAAGGGAUUCGAUACAUUGGUGCAAUCUUUUGGGCUCCUCCUCUUUCCCAACGUUCUUUGGGCCCUUUGUUUGAAUGGCCUCACACUCGGCGUAAACAUUGCCAUUGGAACAACAUACGGAACGAUUGUUACAUCUCCUCCCUACAACUGGCCACAGUCAUCGGCAAGCUAUGUUAAUUGCGGAACAAUCAUUACCUCUCUAAUUGCCCUUCCAGUAUUUGGGGCGGGCUCAGAUAAACUCAUCAAGUGGUUCGCCAAGAAGCGUAAUGGUAUUCACGAGCCGGAGGUUCGCAUCUUGCCGCUCAUCUUCCCCAUCAUCGUGGGUGUCUUUACUGCUGUCCUAUACGGGCAAGGAGCUUCAAAGCCUCAUGAUUAUCACUGGUUCACAUACGUCUGGGCCGUUGCCGCUUAUUAUUUCACCUUCAUAGGGGCAAACAUUGUCGCCAUUACGUACCUUUUGGACAGUUACCCCCAACGAGCUAGCCCUUUGUUGAUUAUCAUCUGCGCUUUCCGUGGAAUAAUCUCAUUUGGUGUGAGUUACGGAAUCACUCCUUUCAUUGAAAGCCAGGGAUAUGAGAGUGCAUUUGGCAUUUUCGCCGCUCUGACAGGGUUUUUUGGUUUGCUUGGUAUUCCCGUCUACUUUUGGGGCAAGAAGAUUCGCCAUGUCACUGGCCAGUACGCUAUUGACAAGGACAAGUCAGCUUAG